AUGUUGAGUGCUUUUUCCGCCAUUGAUACUCCCUCUGCCCCGCUCAACAACUUCAUCCAGGCGUGGUCCACACAAUUGUCCUCUGAGCCCUCCAAUCUGGUGACAAUAACGUCAAUUGAAACGGAGACUGUUUAUCCUACAUGGGUCUACACGAUAUCGGGCUCCGGACCUGAUUCCAGCACCGCCACCACUGUGCUUGGAUUAUUGUCAGCACUGAACCCAACUCCGGUGACUGUGACUCUGACAACGACUACGCUGUCGACAACUGAGCAGGACACCAUAAUAUCCACUACCAGCUCUGCAGCAACAGUUAUCUCAGAGCCCCCAACUUCGACUCUGAUCCCAACAACCUCGGUUCUAUCAAGCUCAAUGGGGGACUUUUCUAUUUCGGCAACUUCGGAAUCAUCCGACCAUCAUUCAUGGCAUUCCGAUGCUUCUAGCAGCAUAUGGACUCUACCGAUUCCAUUAACUAGCUCGAGUAUAUCUCUUUCAUCAUCACUACCUGUCUUGCCGGAGACAGCCACUAGUUCCGUAAGCUCCAUAAGUUCCGUCAGUACCUCUGCUAGCUCGAGCACCACACCAACAAACACACCUACAAUAUCACCAUCCAUCGGAACCAUCACGAGCGCAAGCUCUUCAGAAACAGCCCAAGCCGGCAAUUCGAGCCCCACAUCCUCCAAAAUCGGAACGAUAGUUGGAAGCAUCAUCGGAGGAUCAGCAAUCACAAUCUUCGCCCUACUAGCCUACGCACUCUAUAUGCGUCGCCGACGACGAAAAAUAGCAACAGAGAGGCUAGACAUCAGACAGAAACUACUACGAGGCGACUCAACGAGCUCGUCAAUCAGCUACCACCACCACCGCUACCACUCCUACCCCUCGAUCCCAGCCAACAUCGGCCCGAGAUCACCCAUACUCCCAUUCAUCCCACUGCAACAGCAUCCCUCAAAUCCAGACCUAUCCCUAGACAGUAUGUACCUGCGCGGUGAGACAACAGCGCAGGACCCCUUCGUGGACCCGCCGUCCGCAGUCAUCGAGAUCUCAGCCCCAUCUCGCUCGGUCUCGCUCUACUCCACUUCUUCCCGGGGCGCCGAGCUCGGUGGGCAGGGGUACUGGGACUGCGAGCGCGAGGGUGCGAAUGCCCUCGCUGUACCGCAUGGGUACCUGGAUAUGCCUAUGAUCCGUGAUAGCAUGCGCAGUGACCCUUUCGAUCUUGAUCUUGAGCCUCCGCCGAAUGCUCACCACCGGUCUUCGGUUCCUCCGAUCUCGGCUACGUGGGGUGUCAAGUUUUAG